GUGCAGCUUUGCAAGCGAAGCUCGUGCCAGUAGAGGAGAUGAUGGCUGCGAGAUUUCUUCCUUAUAUUUGCUUUAUUCUACUCAUCUUGCUUCUUUGCAUUGAAGCACAAGCUGGCCGUCUAGGCCCUACUCCUGAUGAUGAAGUGGAAGCCCUUCGUGAAAUAGCCAGACAACUGGGGAAGAAAGAUUGGGAUUUCAGCGUAGAUCCAUGCGAUGGCUGGAGCUCUGCAACACCACAAUCGGAUUUGAGGCCAUUGUACAACAAUUCUCUAGUCUGCAAUUGCUUCAACCCUGCUGGUGUUCGUGUAUGUCACGUGGUUCAACUAAUUCUUAAAGGGCAGGAUCUUGAUGGUGUGCUUCCACCUUCCCUUGUGAACCUACCCAACCUAAAGCUGAUUGACCUCAAUCGAAACUACCUCACUGGUACAAUACCACCCGAAUGGGCUUCUACAAAGUUGGAAAACCUGUCAAUUUCUGUAAACAAGUUAUCAGGACAAAUCCCAAGCUACCUGGGAAGCAUUACCACUCUUUUAUACAUGAGCUUAGAAACCAAUCUGUUUUCUGGAAUUGUUCCUCCUGAGCUUGGGAAUUUGGUUAACCUAGAGAAUCUUAUUCUUAGUGCUAACAAUCUCACUGGAGAGUUGCCAAUAGCUCUCACGAAUCUAUCCAAAUUAAAGGAACUUUUUGUUUCCAAUGUGGCUAUAUGCAGUAGGAUUAGCAGUAACAACUUCACUGGAAAAAUACCUGACUUUUUUCAAAGUUGGAAACAACUUCAGCAAUUAGAGAUUCAAGCUAGUGGUCUUGAGGGGCCCAUCCCCUCUAGCAUUUCGGUCUUGAGUAGUUUAACCGAGCUAAGGAUUAGUGACUUACUUGGUGAGGGUUCUAAAUUUCCAACCUUAAGCAGCAUGACAAGGAUGAAAAGAUUGAUGUUGAGGAGCUGCAAUCUCUACGGAACAAUCCCCGCAUCUAUAUCAAAAAUGACAGCACUACAAACUCUAGAUCUCAGCUUCAACAGAUUGGAAGGAAGUGUUUCAGAUUUUUCACAUCAAGAUCGUUUGGAAAUCAUGAUUCUUACAAGCAACUUGCUCAAUGGGACUAUUCCAGAUUGGAUCAAAAACCGAGAUACUUCCGACCAAAUGGAUCUUUCUUACAAUAACUUUUCAGAAAUCUCUGCGCCACCUAGUUGUCGAGAAACCCUGAAUUUGUUUCAGAGCUUCUCUGGACAAGACAAUUUGACACUUGGCGGCAAGUGCCUGCAGACCUAUCUAUGCUCAAAAGAUCGGUACUCAUUGCAUAUAAAUUGUGGUGGAAGUGCAACCACUAUUGGAAACAUAGAGUACGAAGAGGAUCAAAGCCAAGCAGGUCCAGCAAAAUUUGUUCCUAACAUCGCUAAUUGGGGAUUAAGUAGCAGCGGAAAUUUUUGGGAUGUCAACAGAUCCUCAGAUCAAUACAUAGCGAAUAAUGUGUCUAUACUAAGAAUGACUAACUCUGAAUUAUUCACGAGUGCACGGCUCUCUCCUCUUUCUCUGACAUAUUAUGCACGUUGCUUGGCAAAUGGAAAUUAUACCGUGAAACUAUACUUUGCAGAGAUAGUAUUAAGAGACAACAGAUCUUUUUAUAGUCUUGGAAGACGGAUAUUUGAUAUUUAUAUCCAGGAAAAAUUGGUGUGGAAGGAUUUUGAUAUUCGACAUGAAGCACAAGGUGUUGAUACAGCAGUUGUUAAGGAAUUUAAAGCAAUUGUGAGGAAUAAAGUCUUACAAAUCCGCUUUCAUUGGGCUGCAAAAGGGACAACAGCUGUGCCAAAGAGAGGAACUUAUGGUCCUCUCAUCUCAGCUAUCUCUGUUAAAUCUGAUUUCAGUCCCCCUGACUACAAGAAAUUCAUUGUUGCUGGAGCUGUAGUAUCAACGCUUUUGCUCAUUUUUAUGAUUUUAGGCAUUCGAAUGUGGAUCAAAAAACGAGGCAGGAUAUCAAGGGAAAAAGAACUGAGAGGAUUAGAUCUGCAAACUGGUUUUUUCACCUAUAGGCAAAUCAAAGCAGCCACUAACAACUUCGAUGCUGCAAAUAAGAUUGGAGAAGGUGGUUUUGGAUCUGUAUACAAGGGUGUACUGUUAGAUGAUACUAUAAUUGCAGUUAAGAAACUUUCUUCAAAAUCAAAACAAGGAAAUCGUGAAUUUGUGAAUGAAAUAGGAAUGAUAUCUGCUUUACAACACCCAAAUGUUGUUAGAUUGUAUGGAUGUUGUGUUGAAGGAAAUCAACUAUUCUUGGUUUAUGAAUACAUGGAAAACAAUAGCUUGGCACGUGCUUUGUUUGGUCUAGAGGAAUACCACUUAAACUUGGAUUGGCCUUCAAGGCAUAAAAUAUGUGUUGGCAUAGCAAGAGGUUUGGCUUUCUUGCAUGAGGAAUCAGCACUAAGAAUUGUUCAUAGAGACAUCAAAACUACGAAUGUGCUAUUGGAUAGGGACCUUAACCCAAAGAUUUCUGACUUUGGUUUGGCCAAGCUUGAUGAAGAGGAAAACACCCACAUCAGCACACGAGUCGCUGGAACAAUAGGAUAUAUGGCACCAGAAUAUGCAUUAUGGGGUUACUUAACCUAUAAAGUUGAUGUCUAUGGUUUUGGGAUUGUUGCACUGGAAAUUGUUACUGGGAAAAGCAUCAUGAAAUAUCGACCAAAAGAGAAUUGUGUAUGCCUUGUUGAUUGGGCACUUGUUCUACAAAGAAAGGGUAAUCUAAUGGAGCUAGUGGAUCCAAAGUUGGGUUCUGGGUUAAAAAAGGAGGAAGCUAUUAGAAUGAUCAAAGUAGCUCUCUUAUGCACUAAUGCAUCGCCAGCAUUUAGACCUACAAUGUCGGCAGUAGUAAGCAUGCUCGAAGGCCAAACCAUUGUUGAUGAAGUCACCAUGGAUCCGAAUAUAUAUGGCGAUGAAUUGGGGUUUAGUGCCUUAAAAGACCGGUUUGAACUCCAACCAGCACCAUUGAGCACAAGUGGAUCAGAGAGCCUCAUGCAUUCAUCAGAUAUGACUUGGGCUGGAUCUUCUUCUACAUCUGUCCAGGAUCUCUAUCGAGUUAAUCUUGAUUCUCAAUAAUUUCAGCAUACUAUUGCUCCCAGCCAUGUUAAAUGCUUUUUUUUUCCUUCUAAUUAAUAAAGCAAGAUUUGCUAUAAACUGAUGAAAAAAGUAGUUGUACAGUCUCUCUUUCCCAUGCUAGGAAAGAGUACGUACCUUUGUUGUUGUUUUUUUUCCAUUGUUGAAUUAUGAAUAAAAUAAUAUGUAGUAACAUGACGGGAUAUAAAUUCACCUUU